CGAGUCCUUGAACCGACGCGAUAGGCGUUCCCAUAGUCGAGUAUCCGCGGAAACCGCGGCCGCAUUUGAGGUGUCAUGGCUGGCGAGGCGCCGGCGUUGCUGAAGGCAAUGACCAUGGCCUCCACCCAGGCGGACUUGGAGGCGCCGCCGGAAGCCCUGCCGCUGGACGACCGCCGCAUGGUGGCCGCCAUGAGGGUGCUGGGGUGCACAGUGGAGGAGCUCACGGCUCCGAACCCGCCGCCCCCAGCUCCUCGGAGGGAUGACCGCAGCCCGCGGAAGGUGGUGCCCGUGUCUCCGAACUCGAUGACUCGGCGCCAAGACUUCUGGGAGCGCAAGCAGCGGAGCCUCCUCCACGAAGUGGAGGAGCUAGCCAGAACCAUGAAGGAGCAGAAGGUCGCCGAAAUCCUGGCAGAGGAGGUGGAUGACUGGAAUGAGAACGCGCUGGACCCCACCUCAAAGUUGCGGGAGAUCAAGGAGCGCUCCCAGGCUGAGAUCCAGCGCGCCGUGGACUCCGAGCGCUACAAGAUGCAGAAGAUCCAGGAGUGUGCCGAGCGGCACGACAAAAUGAUCAAGCAGGUUGCCGCCAAGAAGGCAGAGGCCCACGAGACCUUGCUGGAGACCAUGCAGGCUCGGCAGGCCAAGCGAGACAAACAGGGAGAAGCGCUGAAGAAAGAGGUCCUCGUACAGAAGCAGGAUCAGAGGAAGGUGAUGAAAAAACUCCACGAGUCCUUCAAGAAGGUGGAGGAGCACCAGCAAGAGACCUUGGAGAAAUGGGAGCAGGUGAAAGAGGUGCGGCACGAGAAGAUCCAGCUCGUGCACGAGCGCCGGGAGCACUUCCUGAUCAGGGAACAGGAGGACUUGGUGGAGAAGUACCUGGAAAAGGAGCAGUACAUCGAGGAGCGACUGGCCGCCAAGCGCGAGAAGGAGAGGCAGCGAGCUCUCAAGGGCGAGGAGGAGUACUUGGAGAAGUUGGAGAAGUCGCUGCGCCUGAUCGAGGCGGAGCAGCAGAAGAAAGAGGCAGACUUCCAGGAAGCGCUGGAGAGGCAAAGGAAGGGCCGGGAGAAGGUGCAAAGGGCCAAGGAGGAAAAGACGAUCGAGGUCCACGAGGCCCUCGAGAAGCGCUUCGAGAAGCGAGAUGCGGUCUUAGGCAUCGAGCGGAAGAACAAGCUGGUGAAGAAGCGAGAGACCAUCGCCAAGCUCAAGACGGUCCUGGGGCCCCAGUCGCCCAAUAGGAUGGCAUAUAUUGAGGGCGAGAGCCGCCGGAGGAUUGAGCAGCGAGAGGUCAUCGAUGAGCUGGUGCAGCAGAACCGGGAGCGGAAUCACCGUGCCGAGGACUUCACCCGGGAACUGCUUCUGGCGAGGAUUGAGGAGAACAACGCCAAGGUGGACAGACGGCAAGAGGAGAAGAUGCUGAUGCUGAAUCAGCGCGCGGCGGUGCUGAAGGAGGCCAUGUGCGAGAAGGCGCGGGUCCACGACGAGCUGCGCACCAUGAAGGUCAUUCCUGCCCCACCUCGUGAAAGCGAGGAGAAGGAGAAGGAAGCAAAGUGAGCCCGUCUGCUCCAAGGUGAGAAUUGCUUCAAUCCUGGCGCGCAGAAAGAGAUGAGGUCAAUCCAAGGGAGUCCUGAUCAGUGCA